CAGAGUCAGUGUGUGUACAGAACUGAACCAAUUUAGUUUUAGCAAUAUCAACUUUCGGUUUCAAUAUACUAGAAAUGAGCAGCGCAGGAUCUUCUUGGUUUUCCAGUGGAUUUGCGUGGUUAAAUCCAAACACACGGAGGUCCACAAAUGAAAAGGCUAACGUUAGAGCUCUUCGACAACAAAUCCAUGCAGUCUCUCAGACUUCUGUCCUAGAUGAUGCAGACAUUGACGAUCCUCAAAUCCUUACUUUGACAAGAGAGGAUCUGAAUGAGCUUUUUCCUGGUGUUAGGAACUUUCAGCUCAGAAGGACAAUUAUGACACUCAUCACAGACACAUUGAAGGAUUCACUUCAACAUGGCCCAGACACAUUGGCUGUUGCACUGACGCAUGUAAUGCACCAAAACAAUGAUGCUGCUGUACAGGAUGUUUUGAAGGAGUCCCUUCGAGCGUUUAGACAAAUGGAGGAUCAGCUCAAAGCAGCACAAGCAUCACUGAAACCAUACAUUGAGGUCUUGAACGGUUUCACUGAGGCAUAUGCUAGAAAAGAAGACUGGGAUAAAGAGGGAACGUCAAGCAGGAGAACAUUUUCAAGCUCAUUCCCAACAGAUAUGAACCCUCCAACAAUGCAGAUUCACUCUUUUGAGCCUACAGUCCGAGUGCAUCCAUUUUUUUGUGGUCGAACCUUGGGAACGGACAAGCAAAUUCUUGCCCAGCUCAAGGGAGUUAAAGAGAGUGUAUUAUGCGAUUGUCAGUUGAUACUGGCCUUCAGUCCUGUGACAUCACGAGCUGGAAUUGAUGCUGAAGAAGCAUUGAAGAAAAUUCCAGCUGAUAAACCUGCAGUACUGGUGAUAAUGCACCAUACCUUCAACCAUAACUACGUGUGUCCCAGCUUAAAAACAUCUUCUCGUGUGAAUAUUGUGGAACAUGUUAAUGUGCUCUUUCAUGAUUCACAUCAUGGUCUUCUUGAGUGUCCAGCAAAUGAAAAUGCAAUGAGCAAACUUCAAUCUGUCUUAAACCGGUACAUGUAAAUGUUCUUGCUUCAAAUGCUUUAACUGUUAAUAGUUGAAAAUGUAUGGUCAAAUGAGUAGACAAAAACAACAAGCCUGCUAAUAAACAUUUAAGACUGG